AUGAUCCUGUCUCGCAGUACACCCCCCCCUUUUCUCGGUGUAUUGUUUUCUGCCCAUCACGACUGUCGCUCCUCCUUUAUCCGCCUGAAGGACCGAGUGUUCAUUCCUUUCCAGGGUCGUGCGUAUCCUCACGUAUCU